UGCCGUGUACCAGCUUGUAUCGAAUUGCUGGAGUGGGAAGCCGGCCGGCUCCGAACCUGCGCGUGGGAGGCCAUCCAGCCAAUCGGUGGGAAGUUUGUGCUCUUGGACGGCCAUUCAUUGGCUGAUAAGUCAAAGCUUUCUGUUGUCUGUACUGGCUAUUGUUGCUGUCAAUCACGAACUCGGCCGAACCUCCUCCUCCCGUCUUUGUCUGAGUGAGUUCUUGUUGUCUGGGAGAGCGGCGGAGGCGCCGCUACCGAUUGGACAGUGGGAGAAACCUGUGACCUGCUCCUAUUGGCCAAUCUGUUAGUUAACGUUUCUGAUUGGUUGCACCGAGCAACUGUGUCCUCCGGAGAGCUCUCCGCAGAUGGGAGCUCCGGCGGCGGAGUGAUGGUGGCAGCAGCAGACAUGGGCCGGGCAGGGACCAUGGCAGUGGCGGCAGAGGUGGCAGGGGCGGGGCAGCUGGCGGUGGAGGAGGCUGUGGUCGUCAGGGGUCUGUAGGAGGCAUGGCUCGGGCCAGCAGCAGGAACAGCAGUGAAGAGGCCUGGGGGGCACUUCGGGCGCCGCAACAGCAGAGUCCGGCAGCAUCUUCUCUUGAGCGAGCAAUUUGGAGACGAGCUGGAACCCAGACUCGCGCCCUGGAUGCCGUCCUUUACCAUCCACAGCAAUCCCAUCUGCUUCGAGAGCUGUGCCCAGGAGUGAAUACCCAGCCCUACCUCUGUGAGAGUGGUCACUGCUGUGGGGAGACUGGCUGCUGCACCUACUACUAUGAACUCUGGUGUGAGUCUCCGAAGGGGUCCAUCUCAGGGUUCUGGCUACUCUGGACAGUUCUAAUCCUCUUUAGCUGUUGUUGCGCCUUCCGCCACAGAAGAGCUAAACUCAGGCUGCAACAGCAGCAGCGGCAGCGUGAGAUCAACUUGUUGGCUUACCAUGGAGCAUGCCAUGGGGCUGGCCCUGUUCCCGCUGGCUCACUGCUUGACCUUCGCAUCCUCAGCGCCUUCAAACCCCCAGCCUAUGAGGAUGUGGUUCACCACCCAGGCACACCGCCGCCUCCUUACACUAUGGCUCUGGGUCACCCCUUGACUGCUUCCAAUGAAUGCACCUGCUGCUCUUCCGAAUCCAGCUGCUCUGCCCACUUGGAGGGGACAAAUGUAGAAGGUGUUUCCUCCCACCAGAGCGCUCUCCCUCUUCAGGAGGGUGAGCCCAGGGCAGGGCUGAGCCCAGUCCACAUACCCCCUCCCUGCCGCUAUCGCCGCCUGACUGGUGACUCAGGUAUUGAGCUCUGCCCUUGUCCUGACUCCAGUGAAGGUGAGCCAGUCAAGGAGACGAGGGCUAGUGCCACCCACCCAGACCUGGAGGACCAUUCCCCCUGUGUGCUGUCCCUAGAAUCUAUGUCCCAGACCCCUCCCUUGGGGCUAGCUUCCAGUUACGGGGACAUCCCAUAAGUAGUUUCAAGAGGGAAAUUGGGUGUUACUUGGCCACCAGGAACAGCCCUGGUUUCAACGGCAGUCCUCUUCCAUGUGGGCCCCUCCCACCCUUCUAGAAUCUGCCUGGAAGGGCUGGAGCCUUAAAGAGGUGCAGUACCGAGGACUGUGCUGUCUUUACUCACUCCCAAAACAUACACAGGAGCCUUUAAUCUCAUUAAAGAGACAUGAACCAGCUGCUUGUGCUUUUGGGUAGAGUAGCCCUCAGCUCACUGCAUUUCCCUGACCACACUGGGUUUACAGGGAAGAAGCAGUAGCCACUAUCACCUUACCUGAGGAUAGCAGGCAGCCCCGAGCAAGACUACCAAAAGCAAGAGUUCAGCUAGGUUUUUGUUUUGUUUUUUCCGGUUUAUUUAGAAAAAUAGACU